GCGACCCCGCGGCCCCCGGGAACGCCAAACUGGGCAAGAUGAACCGAGCGAAGCCGACCACGGUCCGCAGGCCCAGCGCCGUGGCCAAGCCUUCUGGGCACCCUCCACCAGGGGAUUUCAUUGCAUUGGGUUCGAAAGGCCAGGCCAGUGAGUCAAAAGCGACGGUUGCAUUGCUGAAGCCAGCUCCCUCAGGUUUACCCUCUGAAAGAAAGCGAGAUGCUGCAUCUGCUUUAUCUGGAGCCUCAGCCCUGACUGGCCUCACAAAACGUCCCAAGCUUUCCUCUACUCCUCCACUCAGUGCCCUGGGGCGCCUGGCUGAGGCAGCUGUGGCAGAGAAACGAGCCAUUUCCCCUUCUAUCAAGGAACCAUCUGUGGUACCAAUUGAAGUUCUGCCCACAGUCUUGCUGGAUGAGAUUGAAGCUUCAGAGUCAGAGGGAAAUGACGACAGAAUUGAAGGGGUACUGUGUGGAGCCGUGAAGCAACUUAAGAUGACCCGAGCCAAACCAGACACCACACUGUACUUGAGCCUGAUGUACUUGGCAAAAAUCAAGCCCAACAUAUUUGCCACAGAGGGAGUUAUUGAGGCGUUAUGUAGCCUUCUUCGCCGGGAUGCCUCCAUUAACUUCAAAGCCAAAGGAAACAGCCUGGUUAGUGUGUUAGCUUGUAACUUACUCAUGGCUGCAUAUGAAGAGGAUGAAAACUGGCCUGAGAUCUUUGUCAAGGUUUACAUUGAAGAUUCCCUCGGGGAACGGAUCUGGGUGGACAGCCCUCACUGCAAGACAUUUGUUGACAAUAUCCAGACAGCAUUUAAUACCAAGAUGCCUCCUAAAAGCAUGUUGUUACAAGGAGAGAUGGGGCGCAGUGGAGGAGACCUCAGUGCUGGGAACAGUCCUCAUCCUUCCUUUACUGAGGAAGAAGACAGUCAGACUGAACUGCUGAUUGCAGAGGAGAAGCUGAGCCCAGAGCAAGAGGGACAGCUCAUGCCCAGAUAUGAGGACCUUGCUGAGAGUGUAGAAGAAUAUGUCCUUGACAUGCUUCGGGACCAACUGAACCGUCGACAGCCUAUGGACAAUGUCUCCCGAAAUCUCCUGCGGCUCCUAACUGCAACCUGUGGCUAUAAGGAAGUGCGGCUGAUGGCUGUACAGAGGCUGGAGAUGUGGCUCCAGAACCCUAAGUUGACCAGGCCAGCCCAAGACCUGUUGAUGUCUGUCUGCAUGAACUGUGGCACACAUGGUUCAGAGGACAUGGAGGUCAUUUCCAGCCUCAUCAAAAUCCGGCUCAAGCCCAAAGUCCUCCUCAACCACUACAUGCUCUGUGUCAGGGAACUGCUAAAUGCCCACAGGGAUAAUCUGGGCACUACAGUCAAGUUUGUGAUUUUCAAUGAACUCUCAAAUGCAAGAAACCCAAACAACAUGCAGAUCCUAUACACUGUGCUGCAGCAUAGCUCAGAGCUGGCCCCAAAGUUCCUAGCAAUGGUGUUCCAGGACCUGUUGACUAAUAAAGAUGAUUACUUGAGGGCUUCUCGGGCCCUACUUCGAGAGAUAAUCAAACAGACUAAGCAUGAGAUUAAUUUCCAGGCAUUUUGCCUUGGGCUCAUGCAGGAACGAAAGGAACCACAAUAUCUAGAAAUGGAAUUCAAGGAGCGCUUUGUGAUCCACAUAACUGACUUACUGGCUGUAUCCAUGAUGUUGGGCAUAACGGCCCAAGUAAAGGAGGCUGGGAUUGCAUGGGAUAAAGGAGAAAAGAAGAAUCUAGAAGUGCUGCGAUCAUUCCAGAACCAGAUAGCUGCAAUUCAGCGUGAUGCUGUCUGGUGGCUCCACACCGUUGUCCCUUCUAUCAGCAAACUGGCGCCCAAAGACUAUGUUCAUUGCCUCCACAAAGUGCUCUUUACAGAACAGCCAGAAACCUACUACAAAUGGGAUAAUUGGCCCCCAGAAAGUGACCGCAAUUUCUUUCUCCGCCUCUGUUCAGAGGUUCCCAUCUUGGAGGACACAUUGAUGCGUAUCCUGGUGAUUGGGCUGUCCAGAGAGCUCCCUCUGGGUCCUGCUGAUGCCAUGGAGCUUGCUGACCACUUGGUGAAGCGAGCUGCAGCUGUGCAGGCAGACGAUGUGGAAGUCCUAAGGGUAGAGAGAAUCCAGCUGAUUGAUGCUGUUUUGAACCUAUGUACCUACCAUCAUCCAGAAAAUAUCCAGCUCCCUCCCGGAUACAAGCCCCCAAAUCUUGCUAUUUCAACCCUUUACUGGAAGGCAUGGCCCCUCUUGCUGGUGGUAGCUGCAUUUAAUCCUGAAAAUAUCGGCUUGGCAGCCUGGGAAGAGUACCCUACGCUGAAGAUGCUCAUGGAAAUGGUGAUGACAAAUAAUUACUCGUAUCCUCCUUGCACCCUGACGGAUGAGGAGACCCGGACUGAGAUGAUUAAUCGAGAGCUCCAGAUUUCCCAGCGGGAGAAGCAGGAAAUCCUGGCAUUCGAGGGACAUCUAGCAGCUGCAUCCACCAAGCAAACAAUCACUGAGAGCAGCAGCCUCCUCUUGUCUCAGCUUACCAGCUUGGAUCCCCAGGGCUCCCCACGAAGACCUCCACCUCACAUCUUGGAGCAAGUGAAAGGACUUAAUCAGUCCCUCCGCCUUGGUCACCUCCUAUGUAGGAGCCGAAACCCAGACUUUCUCCUUGACAUCAUUCAAAGACAGGCCUCCUCCCAAUCCAUGCCCUGGCUAGCAGACCUGGUUCAGUCGAGUGAGGGCUCUUUGGAUGUGCUGCCGGUACAGUGUCUGUGUGAGUUCCUGCUUCAUGAUGCUGCUGAUGAUGCCACCUCAGGGGAGGAAGAGGAGGAGGGAGAGAGCAAAGAGCAGAGGGCCAAGAAACGCCAGGUCAGUGCUCCCUCAGGCAGGAGCUCAGCUCUGAACCGAGCCUCUCCACUUCAGUCUCAUCAGAAGCAACCUCUCCUGUCUCUGCAGAGGCAGCAGAAGCAGCGACAGCUGCUUGGCCGCCUGCAGGACUUGCUGCUAGGCCCCAAGGCUGAUGAGCAGACCACCUGUGAGGUGCUGGACUACUUCCUGCGGCGCCUUAGUUCCUCUCAAGUGGCCUCCAGGGUAUUAGCCAUGAAGGGAUUGUCCUUGGUGUUGUCAGAAGGUGGGCUUCGUGAUGGAGAGGAGAAAGACCAUCCCAUGGAAGAAGACUCGGGUGACUCAGAAAUGCUUCAGGGAUACCAGUGGCUAUUGAGAGAUCUGCCACGAUUACCGCUGUUUGAUAGUGUCAGAAACACAACCGCUCUGGCCCUGCAGCAGGCUAUCCACAUGGAAACGGACCCUCAGACUAUUAGCGCCUACCUCGUGUAUCUCUCUCAGCAUGCCCCAGUGGAGGAGCAGGGACAACACAACGAUCUUGCUUUGGAUGUGGCCCGGCUAAUUGUUGAGCGCUCCACCAUCAUGUCCCACCUCUUUUCAAAACUUUCCUAUAGCGCGGAAUCUGAUGCAGUACUUGUGGCACUGCUCUCUAUCUUCUCACGCUACGUGAGGCGGAUGCGCAAGAGCAAAGAAGGGGAGGAGGUUUAUAGCUGGUCAGAGUCCCAGGACCAGGUGUUUCUUCGAUGGACCAGUGGAGAAACAGCCACUAUGCAUAUACUUGUAGUCCAUGCCAUGGUCAUUCUUCUCACAUUGGGGCCUCCACAAGCCGGAGAUGGUGAGUUCCAUGCUUUACUGGACAUCUGGUUCCCAGAGAAGAAGCCCUUGCCAACUGCUUUCCUCGUGGAUACGUCUGAGGAAGCCCUGCUGCUUCCUGACUGGCUGAAGCUUCGCAUGAUCCGCUCAGAGGUACCUCGGCUGGUGGAUGCUGCAUUGCAGGACCUGGAGCCUCAGCAGCUGCUUCUCUUUGUUCAAUCUUUUGGAAUUCCUGUCUCCAGCAUGAGUAAACUUCUGCAGUACUUGGACCAGGCUGUGUCCCAUGAUCCCCAGACCCUGGAGCAAAACAUCAUGGACAAGAAUUAUAUGGCUCAUCUGGUGGAAGUUCAGCAUGAAAGAGGAGCCACAGGCGGCCAGACUUUCCACUCGCUGCUCACUGCCUCUCUGCCCCCUCGGCGAGAUAGUACAGAUGCACCUAAACCAAAAACCAGUCCAGAGCAUUCACAGAGCCAGGGAAGGAUUCGAGCCAUCACUCAGAUCCGGGUCCUGGGACCAGAGGAUGACUUGGCCAGCAUGUUCCUUCAGCUCUUUACACUGAGCCCUGAUCCUCGAUGGCAGAAUUCAAACCCCCGCCCUAUUUCCUUGGCCCUCCAGCAAGCCUUGGGGCAAGAAUUGGCAAAGGUCCGUCAGGGAAACCCUCAAGUGACAAGUAUAGCGGUGCGCCUCUUGCAGGCUGUGUCAGCCCUGUUGAAUUCCCCGCACAGCGGGUCCUUGGUGAUAGCAAUGCAUCGGAACCAUUUCAUCUCCUGCCCCUUGAUGCGGCAACUGUACCAAUACCAGCGUUGUGUUCCACAGGACACGGCCUUCUCUUCAUUGUUCUUCAAAGUCCUCAUGCAGAUGCUACAGUGGCUGGAAAACCCUGCCGUGGAAGACGGCCCUCUCCAGGCCCAGCUUAAAUUGUUUGCAGCCCAGUACUCUUCACGACACAGGAUCAGUGAUGUACGAGGUGGAUUCUUGCACCUGGCUGAAACACUGGCUUUCCGCCGAGAUUCUGAGGUGGUAGGCUCCACAGUGUGUGCCAUCAUCGCCACCCUGAAGUCAGGGGAGAAAUGCAGCGUGGAACCUGAACUUGUUGGCAAAGUCCUUCAAGGUCUGAUUGAGGUGAGAUCUCCUUACCUCGAGGAGCUCCUGGCUAUCCUCUUCUCAUCUACCCCAGAAACUGCCUCCAAGUUUCCUUCUACUAAGCCAGUUGCUGUUGUAAGUUCCUUGCUGCUUCAGGAAAGAGAGGAGACUUCAGGGAAAAAGGAAUUGGACAGCUGUAGUGGCACUGAAACUACCUGGCCUGGUCCCUCCUCAGGACUUCUGAUUGACUGGCUUGAAAUGCUGGAUCCUGAAGUGAUCAGCAGCUGUCCUGAUCUCCAGCAGAGGCUUCUUUUCUCUUGGAAUAAGUCUAAAAGUCAUUCUGGCUCUCAGGUGCUGUCUUUCCGCCCAUACCUCUUGGCUCUCCUUACACACCAGUCUAAUUGGAGUACUCUUCAUCAGUGCAUCCACAUUCUGCUUUGCAAAAACCGGGAGCAAAGGUUUGACCCAUCUGCUGCUUUGGAUUUCCUGUGGGCUUGUAUUCAUGUUCCUCGAAUCUGGCAGGGAAGGGACCAGCGGACUCCUCAGAAACGACGAGAAGAGUUUGUGCUUCAGGUCCAGGCUCCAGAACUGAUAAGUUUGGUGGAACUCAUCUUAGCUGAGUCAGAAACCAGAAGCCAGAGUACUGAAGAUGCUUCAUGUAACCUUAUCCAGUCACGCUUGCCCCUGUUGCUUAGCUGUUGCCAUGGAGAUGUUGAGAGCAUCAAAAAAAUAACAGAGUACCUGACAGGCAGCAUCCAGCAAUGGGGAGACAGCUUGUUAGGAAAACGCUGCCAAGACCUUCUCCUCCAGCUCUAUCUGCAGCUGCCAGAGCUCCUGGUGCCCAUGCCUGAGAUGCUGUUGAACAGUGAGGGGGCAACCAGUAGCAGCACCUGCAAGCUCGAUGCUCUGGUUCACCGAUUCAUCCUCCUCCUCGCAGACACCAGCGACUCCAGAUCCUCUGAGGGCCGGGUAGCAGAUGCCAACAUGGCAUGUCGGAAGUUGGCUGUGGCACACCCUAUCCUGCUGCUGAGGCAUCUGGCCAUGAUUGCUGCCCUGCUUCAUGGGCGAACCCACCUCAACUUCCAGGAGUUUCGUCAGCAGAAUCACCUGACGUUCUUCAUUCAUGUCCUGGGGAUCAUAGAGCUGCUGCAGCCACAGGUGUUUCAAGAUGAACACCAGAGGGCGCUUUGGGACUGUCUUCUCUCCUUCAUCAGAUUGCUUCUGAAUUAUAGGAAAUCCUCCCGUCACCUCGCUGCCUUCAUCAGCAAGUUCGUCCAACUUAUUCACAAGUAUAUCACAUGCAAUGCACCGGCUGCAAUCUCCUUCCUGCAGAAGCAUUCUGACUCACUCCAUGACUUAUCUUCAGACAAUGGUGACCUGGUGAUGCUGAAGUCUCUCUUAGCGGGGCUAAGUCUUCCCAGCAAGAAUAGUGUUUCUGACCAUGGCUCAGAUGAAGAAAGGGAUGAUGACACUUCUGCUGGCUCCCUGCCUCUAGUCAGUGUCUCUCUCUUCACUCCUCUGACAGCAGCUGAAAUGACCCCCUAUAUGAAGAGAUUGUCCAGGGGCCAAACUGUAGAGGAUAUCUUGGAAGUUCUGAGUGACAUAGAUGAGAUGUCCCGGCGGAGGCCAGAAAUCUUGUCCUUCUUUUCUACCAACCUGCAGAGGCUGAUGAGUGCUUCUGAAGAGUCCUGUCGGAACCUGGCCUUCAACCUUGCCCUGCGCUCAAUACAGAACAACCCUAGCAUUGCUGCUGACUUUCUGCCCACAUUCAUGUACUGCCUUGGAAGUCGGGACUUUGAGGUGAUGCAGACAGCACUGAAGAACCUGCCUGAAUAUACCCUCCUGUGCCAAGAGCAUGCAGCCGUGCUGCUGCACCGAGCCUUUUUGGUUGGUAUGUAUGGACAAAUUGACACCAGUCCCCAGAUUUCUGAAGCUUUGAAGAUUCUGCACAUGGAGGCUGUAAUGUGAUUGGUCAGGGGCAGGACCUUUGGUUGAUUUAAAGACACAGAACUGUGUCUCAAGGAGUCAAAGCUCAAGAGGUUCAAGGUCUAUUUGUGGUCUCAUUAGGGGGAAGUGCACAAAGUGCCAUGUAAGGGUGGGAAAAGGGAAGGGAAGGAUACUCAUUCCAAGUGCUUCGCACUAGGGACCAUCAAGGCUUUUAAGCAGUGAAGAGGGACCACCUAUCGUUCUUUACCCUGGUCCCAUCGGUUGGGUAACUAGGGCAUUGACUUCUUUGCCAAUUGCUGAACAUGGAGAGCAUGUUUGCCAUCCCAUCGUCCCAUCGGACUGGAGUGCUGCCUAGACGCUGUAGAUGUCACAGCCACAAGAGAAGCCAGUUUCUGAGUUGGCACCAAAAGGGACAUAGGGUUGGGGUGGGUGGUUUUUUAUUACAACUUUCUAAAUUAAAUCUAAUGCCUCAUGUA